AUGUACCUCACACUCGUUCCUGCCACAUUCAGGGCAAGCGGCAAUCCGCCACACAUUUCCAGUAUUUCACUCACGGCCUCCUUGCAUCUCGCAUCAUCCACUUCCCCUCGAUUCGCCUCACUCGCGUGCACUAGCAUGUCAACUGCUUCUUUCCCUUCUGUCUCUCUCGGCUCGAAAGCAAUCCGCUCCCCAAGCUGA